GGCCCCAUGUCCGUGGUGGUCACCUACGGAGGAGACCCCAUUCCCAAGAGCCCCUUCCCUGUCACCGUGGCCCCCCCCUUGCAGCUGGGCAAGGUCAAGGUGCAGGGGCUCAACAGCAAGGCGGAGGUGGGACAGGUGCAGGAGUUCCAGGUGGAGUCUCAGGGUGCGGGGGGCCAGGGGCACCUGGAGGUGAAGGUGACAGGCCCCUCGCGCCGCCCCGUGCCCUGCACGGUGGCGCCUGCGCCCCCCGGGGGCCCCCACCCCGUCAGCUUCACCCCCUCCGAGGAGGGGCCCCACCGCGUUGAGAUCACCUACGAUGGGCACCCAGUGCCGGGCAGCCCCUUCCCCGUGGAGGCACUGCUGCCCCCCGACCCCUCCAAGGUGGUGGCCUCGGGGCCGGGGCUGCAGGGCGGCCGUGUGGGGGUCCCGGCGCCCUUCUCCAUCGCCACGCAGGGCGCUGGCAGCGGGGGGCUGGGGCUGACGGUGGAGGGGCCUUGCGAGGCCAAGAUCGAGUGCCAGGACAACGGGGACGGCUCCUGCGCCGUGUCCUACCUGCCCACGGUGCCCGGCGAGUACCACAUCAACAUCCUCUUCGCCGGGCGCCACAUCCCGGGCAGCCCCUUCACGGCCGCGGUCACGGCGCCCUUCGACCCGGCCAAGGUGACGGCGUCGGGGCCGGGGCUGGAGCGCGGCCGCGCGGGCGAGGCGGCCGCUUUCUCCGUGGACUGCUCGCAGGCCGGCGAGGCCGAGCUCACCAUCGAGAUCCGCUCCGAGGCUGGCGCCAAGGCCGAGGUGCUGGUGCAGAACAACCGCGACGGCACCUACGCCAUCACCUACACCCCGGCCUGCGCCGGUGCCUACACCAUCACCAUCAACUACGGCGGCCUCCCGGUCCCCAACUGCCCCGUGCGCGUCACUGUCGACCCGGCCGUCGACACCAGCAGCGUCAAGGUCUACGGCAAAGGCGUGGAGCCGCGAGGGGUGCUGCGGGAGGUGGGCACUGAGUUCACGGUGGACGCGCGGGCUCUGGCCCCCGCGGGGGGGCCCCACGUCCGGGCGCGGGUGCUGAACCCCUCGGGGACCCCCAUCGACACCUUCGUCACCGACCUCGGCGAUGGCACCUACCGCGUGGAGUACACACCCUUCGAGGAAGGGCUGCACCGGGUGGAGGUGACAUACGACGAUGUGGCGGUCCCGAAGAGCCCCUUCCGCGUGGGGGUGACCGAGGGCUGUGACCCCACGCGCGUGCGGGCACACGGUCCCGGCCUGGAGGGCGGCCUGGUGGGCACAGCCAACCACUUCACCGUGGAGACCAGGGGUGCGGGCACCGGGGGGCUGGGUCUGGCCAUCGAGGGUCCCUCGGAGGCCAAGAUGUCCUGCAAGGACAACAAGGACGGGAGUUGUGCGGUGGAGUACGUCCCCUUCACGCCCGGCGACUACGACGUCAACAUCACCUUCGGCGGCCACCCCAUCCCCGGGAGCCCGUUCCGGGUGCGGGUGCGGGAUGCCGUGGAUCCCUCGAAGGUGACGUGCUCGGGGCCGGGGCUGGGCCCCACCGUCCGUGCGCGGCUGCCCCAGACCUUCACCGUGGAUGUCAGCGCCGCGGGGCGUGCGGCCCUCGAGGUGACACUGCUGGGGCCUGCCGGGCUACCAGAGCCACUGGAGGUCCGAGACAAUGGUGAUGGCACCCAUAAGGUCACCUACACCCCGGCCACCGACGGGCCCUACACCGUGGCCGUCAAGUACGGAGGGCAGGAGGUGCCACGCAGCCCCUUCAAGGUGACAGCACUGCCAGCCCACGAUGCCAGCAAGGUGCGGGCGAGCGGCCCCGGGCUGAGCGCGGGGGGCAUCCCCGCCAGCCUGCCCGUUGAGUUCACCAUCGACGCCCGCGACGCUGGCGAGGGGCUCCUCACCGUGCAGAUCCUGGACCCCGAGGGGCAGCCCAAGAAGGCAUCGAUCCGGGACAAUGGGGACGGCACCUACACGGUGUCCUACGUGCCCGACGUGCCGGGGCGCUACACCAGCACCGUCAAGUACGGGGGGGAUGAGAUCCCCGCCUCGCCCUUCCGCGUCCUCGCUGUGCCCGCCGGCGAUGCCAGCAAGUGCCUCGUCACAGUAUCCAUUGGGGGCCAUGGACUGGGUGCCUGCCUGGGCCCCACCAUCCAGAUUGGGGAGGAGACGGUGAUCACGGUGGACGCAAAGGCGGCGGGACAGGGCAAGGUCACCUGCAAGGUGUCGACUCCCGACGGCGCUGAGCUGGACGUGGACGUGGUGGAGAACCACGACGGCACCUUCGACAUCUUCUACACCGCGCCCGAGCCUGGCAAAUACGUCAUCACCAUCCGCUUCGGCGGGGAGCACGUCCCCAACAGCCCCUUUCACGUCCUGGCCACGGAUGAGCCCCCGGCCACCGCCGAGAACCUCCGGCCCUUCAACCUCGUCAUCCCCUUCACGGUGCAGAAGGGUGAGAUCACAGGCGAGGUGCGGAUGCCCUCGGGGAAGACGGCGCGGCCCAGCAUCACCGACAACAAGGACGGGACGGUGACGGUGCACUACGCCCCCUCCGAGAAGGGGCUGCACGAGAUGGACAUCCGCUACGACGGCAACCACAUCCCCGGGAGUCCCCUCCAGUUCUACGUGGACGCCAUCAACCCACGCCACGUCAGUGCCUACGGGCCGGGGCUGAGCCACGGCAUGGUCAACAAGCCCUGCACCUUCACCAUCGUCACCAAGGAUGCCGGCGAGGGUGGGCUGUCGCUGGCAGUGGAAGGUCCCUCCAAGGCAGAGAUCACCUGUCAGGACAACAAGGACGGGACGUGCACCGUGUCCUACCUGCCCACAGCUCCUGGUGACUACAGCAUCAUCGUGCGCUUCGACGACAAACACAUCCCGGGCAGCCCCUUCACCGCCAAGAUCACUGGGGACGAUUCCAUGCGCACGUCCCAGCUCAACGUGGGCACCUCGACCGACGUGUCGCUGAAGAUCGCAGAGACCGACCUGAGCCUGCUGGCGGCCACCAUCCGCGCACCCUCGGGCAACGAGGAGCCCUGCCUGCUCAAGAGGCUGCCCAACCGCCACAUCGGCAUCUCCUUCACGCCCAAGGAGGUGGGCGAGCACGUGGUGAGCGUGCGGAAGAGCGGGCAGCACGUCACCAACAGCCCCUUCAAGAUCCUGGUGGGGCAGUCGGAGAUCGGCGAUGCCGGCCGGGUCAAGGUGUGGGGCCAGGGGCUGCUGGAGGGCCACACCUUCGAGGUGGCUGAGUUCAUCGUGGACACGCGCAGCGCUGGCUAUGGUGGGCUAGGCCUGUCCAUUGAGGGCCCCAGCAAGGUGGACAUCAACUGUGAGGAUGUGGAGGACGGCACCUGCAAGGUCACCUACUGCCCCACCGAGCCCGGCAACUACAUCAUCAACAUCAAGUUUGCUGACAAACAUGUCCCAGGGAGCCCCUUCACAGUGAAGGUGACGGGUGAGGGCCGGAUUAAGGAGAGCAUCACACGCCGGCGGCAGGCACCUUCCAUCGCCACCGUUGGUAGCACCUGUGACCUCAACCUCAAAAUCCCAGGGAACUGGUUCCAGAUGGUGUCGGCGCAGGAGCGGCUGACGCGCACGUUCACGCGCAGCAGCCACACCUACACGCGCACGGAGCGCACCGAGAUCAGCAAGACGCGCGGCGGGGAGACCACGCGCGAGGUGCACGUGGAGGAGUCGACCCGCGUGGGCGGCGCCUUCCCCCGAGCCCCUCCGGAGCCCUUCGGCACCUUCGGGGCCUUCGGGCCCCGCGAGGGCAUCGGCGCCUUCGGGGCCCCUGCACGCGCACACGAGGGCGAGGCGUCGGUGCAGGAGCUGACGGCGCAGGUGCUGAGCCCGUCGGGGCAGCGGCGCGAGGCCGAGGUGGUGCCGGGGGCCGCGGGGGUCUACAGCGUGCGCUUCGUGCCCCAGGAGACGGGCGCCCACACCGUCAGCGUCAAGUUCCGGGGGCAGCACGUUCCCGGGAGCCCCUUCCAGUUCACCGUGGGGCCCUUGGGAGAGGGUGGUGCCCACAAGGUGCGCGCGGGGGGCACCGGCCUUCAGCGCGCCGUGGCCGGCACGCCAGCUGAGUUCAGCAUCUGGACGCGCGAGGCGGGCGCGGGGGGUCUCUCCAUCGCUGUCGAGGGGCCCAGCAAGGCUGAGAUCUCCUUCGAGGACCGCAAGGACGGCUCCUGUGGUGUCUCCUACCUGGUGCAGGAGCCAGGUGACUAUGAAGUGUCCAUCAAGUUCAACGAGGAGCACAUCCCCGACAGCCCCUUUGUCGUCCCUGUUGCCUCCCACUCUGACGACGCCCGGCGCCUCACUGUCACCAGCCUGCAGGAGACAGUGGCCGUGAACCAGCCGGCGUCGUUUGCAGUGCAGCUGAACGGGGCACGCGGGGUCAUCGACGCCAAAGUGCACACGCCUGCAGGGGUGGUGGAGGAGUGCUACGUGUCCGAGCUGGACAGCGACCGCUACGCACUGGGGUUCCUGCCGCGUGAGAACGGGGUGCACUCCAUCGACCUGCGCUUCAAUGGGCGCCACGUGCCCGGCAGCCCCUUCAACAUCCGCGUGGGCGAGCAGAGCCAGGCUGGGGACCCCGGGCUCGUCACCGCCUUCGGGCCCGGCCUCGAGGGCGGCCGCACAGGGGUGCCUUCGGAGUUCCUGGUGCAGACGGCCAAUGCAGGGGCAGGGGCACUGGCUGUCACCAUCGAUGGCCCCUCCAAGGUGGAGCUGGACUGCACUGAGGUCCCUGAGGGCCACCGUGUCACCUACACCCCGAUGGCCCCUGGCAACUACCUCAUCUCCAUCAAGUACGGGGGCCCCCACCACAUCGUGGGCAGCCCCUUCAAGGCCAAGGUCACCGGCCCGCGGCUGUCGGGGGGGCACAGCCUGCACGAGACCUCGACGGUGCUGGUGGAGCCAGUGGCACGGGGGGGCUCGCGGGGCCCCCCUGCCUUCGGGGGGGUCACCAAGGCCCCGUCAGACGCGGGGCAGGUGGUGGCCCGAGGGCCGGGGCUGGCAAGUGCCCGCCUGGGCCACAAGAACCACUUCACAGUGGACUGCAGCAAGGCCGGUGAGGGGCUGGGGGGGCCUGGGGGGAGGAGAUGGGGGUCAACAGGGGGGUCUAGGGGCUCCUAG